CAUACAAUAUGUUUCAUACAUUAAUUGAAUUUUGUAUUUUAAACUAUUUAUCCGUACUUUCAUGAUGAGUGUAAUAAGUAACAGUUUACACACAAUUUUUUUAUAUGAAUGAUAGACUUUUUUUUAGAAAGAAAAUUCCGUAAGUAAUUAAUCUAUUUAUACUUAUUAUGUUUACCAACAUUUCAUAGAUAAAAUGUGAAAUAAAAAUACUUAUAAUUAAUUAGUUUGACACAGUUAUACUUUGUCAUAAACCGAAUAAAUAACAAGACAUAUUUUAACUCAUAAUUAUACAUACUAGUUCAAGUUUUCCAUACUUCAAUAUGCCUCAGGCAAAUGUAUGUAUGUAAAUAUAAUACAGUAGAUAAGUGUCUACUUAUUAAUAAACUCAUUAGAAUAUACACUUAAAAACAAUAUAUUGGAUACUUCUUAAUAUAAUUGAAUUACUUAUAGGUAAUAUUGUAUUGUUAAAAAAUAUAUUCAGAGCAGAAUAUAGUAAGUUGAGGCAGUAGUAACCUUACUAAGUUAACAUUUUUAAUUUUGAUAGAUGACCAGUGAGUGUCUAUAAUUUUAGGAAAACUAAAAUAUAUUUUUAUUUCAUUAGGCCAGUAAAAUAAAUGUCCAUUUGACUCAAAUGAAAUUAUUAUUCAACAGAAGUUACAAUUAUUGAAUUUGGUCAUAAAAUAAUAUUUUCUACUUUCAAUUUAUUGUCAUCCCAAUAUUUCUUAUUUUGUUGGUAGAAAAUAUUAAUCAAAUGGAGAUAUAAGACGCUAUGUAUCAUCAUCAUGACUACUUAAUAUUAUUUUAAAUAAAGUUGUUAUUUGUUAAAGUAUAGCUUAUAACUUAAGAAUGUUUUCUGGAUAAAAACAGUUUUUCUCAAGAAGGCUAGGUUUUUAGAUAUAAUCAUUUACAUUAUGUUUCUUUUAAUUUGUUACAUAUGUUUUUUCUUAAAUGCAAUAAAUAUUAUUAUUAGAACAUUUAAAAAUUAUGAUCAUAAUCAACCCAUAUCCUAAUUAAUAACGCCCACUAUAGUUUUUUUUAUUCAGUUUUUAAUGUUAAAAAAUAAAUAAAAAAGUAUUACUUAAAAUAUGAAUUUCCAUGAAUAUUUCACCUAUAAUAAGUAAAAGCUAAAAGUACCCACUAAUAUUAUUAGAAAUAUGCCCAACAAUUCACUGUGUAUCCUCAUAAAUAACUUGAGGUUUCUUUCCUUCAUCUAAAAUAGAAAUUAUAUUAUAUUUAAGGGGAAUUAGUGACAGUGUAUAUUUAAUUAAACCUAAAACUUAAAAGGAUACCACACCCGCAUUUACUAUCUCCGUCUUACAAAUGUAAUAUACAAACGUAGAAAAUUUGCAUGUAGUAUAACAAAUUUUAUGGUGUUAGUUAUAAUAUUAAAGUAAAUUUGACCUAUUAUUUUUUUUUAACAGCUUAGCAGACCAUGAAGUCUCAUUGCUGUGACCAAAACAUAAUUCCAUCAGUUCCUAUUAUAUGUCUCCUCAAUUUGUAUAUUUUUGUUGACCAUUUCUGAAUCAUUUUCUAUUUUCUCAAUCCAUAUCUGAGUAAAUUUGUUUAUUACAAAACUUAAAGGUGAGAAGAUUGUCUACCUAAACGUUGAUGUUUUUUUUUCAGUAUCUUAGAGUAAAAUACAAUUAUUUCUGUGAUAUUUCAUAUAUCCAUCUCGCUUAAAAAUAAAAAUAUUAAAAAAUCGUCAAUGAUAAGGCAUAUACAAAUUUUUAUCUGUAAUUUUGGCAAUAGGUUGAUUUGCUUUAAUAUUAAAACUAACAGCACAAAAUUUGAUAUGUCUCGCGUUUGUAAGAUGAAGAUACUAUAUAUUGAAGUUGCAUCCUUUUAAAAGCCAGGCAAAACUGUAGGAAUUAUGAUUGACAGAUUUCAAUUGUAAAAACAGUUUAUGAUUAUUUAAUCUUUAGAUUUUUAUAAGAAUAAUUUUAAAAUAAAAAUUUAAGGUUUUUAUUUGAAAUUGUAGAAAAAUUUGAUUGUAUUUUAAAACUUAGAUCCAUUAAACACAAUAUCUACAGUUUUAUUUGGUUUUUUGGUCUAAUAUAUCUUAUUUAUCCGUAAAAACAGCCACAAACCUUGCACAUAAAUGGAUAUAUUGGUUAGUAGAUUAAUAUAAGUCAAUAUGGUAAGCAUCAAAAGAAAAAAAAUGAUUUUUAAAUUUUAUAAAAUUAGAAAACUGUCACAAAUUCCCUUAACUAAGUUGGUCAUUUUCUCAAUAGAAUGUAAUAUAAUUAUACAUUAUACUUAUAUACAGUGAUAUUUAUAUUGUAAUAUUAUAUUUUAAUUAUAGUUUUAAAAUCUUACCUAAUCCAAUUCUGCAAAAUAGUUCAUCGGGUCCAAUCUUUAUAUCACAAACAUCUUCAUCGGUAACUUUCUUAGAAGUCACUCUAGGAAUAACUUCAGGGGUGUCUAUUUUAAUUUCAGAUUGUACAAUGGAUUCAUUUUCUUGACUUAUAGCCGUUUUUAUAAUAUCAAUCUUGGACUCUAAUUUUUCAGAAACCAUAAGUUCUUCUUUUGGAGAUUCUUUGGGAGAUUCAGUUUUAAGGGGAAUAGCAAGAUCUUCAAUUUUAGAAGUUGACAUUGGAUCAUUUUCUAAUAUUUUUUCUUUUUCUUCAUCUUUAGAUAUCAUUGUAACUUCUACAGCUUCAUUAUCAUGUAAAGUUGUAAAUUCCUGUUCAAUUACUUCAAAAGUGUUUUCAAGUGGCAACAAUUUUUCUGCAGUGAUAAUUUUGUCUGGCAUUAGAAUAUGUUCAUCAAUAUCAUUUUUGUUUUUAUCUUUUAUUUCGUCAGAUAAUAUGACAUCAUUUUUGUCCACGAAUAAAGUUUUUGAAUCAUGUUCUGAUAAUUCAAUGUCCAUAUUCAUUAAAUUCUGAUUUUCCAUUAUAACUAAAUUGAUGAAUAUAAUAAAAGUCGGGUUUCAAAUAAUAGGAAAAAGUGCAGUCUUUAGAAAAUAAUUGUAUAAACUAAGAAAGGAACUAUAUUUUAAUACUGAGAAACUAAGAAAACGAUUUUUGGUAUAAUAUGCGAAAUGCUAAUCACAGUUUUUUCAAUUAAGAGUAUGACUAGUAAAAGUUAGAUACAAAUUUAGUUGAAAUUAUAAAAUAUGAAAAACCAUCCCUUUUACGGUAUUCCUUACGUUGGUGACUUGGUGUAACUUUUAUAUAACAGCUGAUAUGAUAACUAUGUAAUCGAUAAUCAGUUCGAGUAUGGAGUAUACAGCAAUACAAGAAUACAACUGUUGGAUAAUAUUUGUUGUGCUUACAAAUUUACGAUACCACUGAAAAUUAAAAUGUCUGUGUCUAAAAUAAAAUUAAAUGUAUUUUAAAAUGAAACUAUAAAUGAAAUGAAUAAAAAAUUUGAAAUGUUUUACAAUAAUACAAGCAAUUUAAUAAUAUAGUUUAUAAGGUGGGUUUAUUUUAUUUAUCUUCACAAUGUGAAUUAAUAAAAAGCAUUUUUACUUUUUUGUUGUUGCUAACCUGCUAACCUGCCUAAAAUAUUUAAAUAUUUUUUUUGAAGUAUAUAAGUACAUAAGUUGAUAAUCAGAAAAUGUUUGAUGAUCUGAUCCUUAGAUUAUAUACUAUGAAUAGAGCUAUUGACUAAAUAUUUGAAGCAAACAUAACUAAAGACAGUUGAGACAAAUACGCAUGUGAAAAAUCGUAUGAUGUACCUAUCAUUACUAUCUGGUGGUAUUACAAUGAUUAUACGAUAAAUAUGCGACGAGUAAUGAUACGCAUGCGCAAUAGACAUCAGUCCCCAUAACACUCGUUAAUAAUGAUGCCUUCAACUCGUAGUACGUGUUUAUCAUGCAGUAGCUUUAUCCAUAGUUUAUUAUGAUCUAAGAUCCGAUCCAAGGGUUAUAGAUAAAGAUUAUUAUUAAUAAACCUUGGAUAGUUGGAUCCGAUCAUGAUCAUUGAUUAUUGAUUAACUUAAAUGAAAACGGUAGUGGAUAGCCACGGUACAGUUAUAAUAAUACUACUUAGAACAUGUAUUAAACUUAUGUAUUAUAAGUACUAAAGAGUGUUGGACUAAACCAUAAUUUAACAUAAUAAUUAACAGUAGGUAUAAUGAAUAUUAAUGUUUAUGAAAUAAUAUGUAGUAUAUAAAUUUAAAAUACUACAAAAUAAUAAACAUUACCUACGAUUAUAAUGUACUGUUUUUAAGCCAAUAUAACCUGGGACCGGCAGUUACAGGUAAUAAAAAUGAGAUAUAAUCUGGACAUUAUAGUUUGAGGAACCUGUUACAAAUUUUGUGUGUGUUGAAAACACAUAUAAUUGAAAUUCUAAAUUUGUAUUUUUGUAACCAGGAUUUAGCAUAUACCUAAACUUCCUGUUAUUUAAUUUUUUGUCAACUAAGUAUCUUUUUUAUGAAAUCUACUAUAAUUAUCAUUCUUAAUUAUAAAAUAAAUACAAGAGGUAUAAAUAAUUGCAUAAUAAUUGUAUUUAUUAUGGGUAAUCAUAUAUUAAUACCUAUUUAAUAGGUUCUUAAGUUAAUUUUAUAUUUUACACUUUUUAAUAUAAUAUUAAUAAGAAAAUGUGCAUACUUAAUUUACUAUAGUUAGUGAAGUACAAUUUACAAUCUCUAUUGUUAACCCAACACUCAAUAUAAUAAUAUUUAUUUAUUUUUGAUUUUGUUUAUGUACUUACAGUCACCAGUUAUUCAUUUAAUGCUCUACUAAAAUAGUUCAAAUAUAAAAGGAACUUUUAAAAUAUGGCAUCUAUAGUAACUAAGUCAUAUCCAGAUCACCUUAAGCUAAAUGGAUCCAUGAAAAAGGUAAAAUUUAUUUUUAUAUUUUAAAAGUAAACAUUUUUAAAAUAAUUAUAAGGAAGGUAUCUGUCACAAAUAAUAAAUUUAAGAGAAUGUCCUUGCUUUAUAUUUUAAAAUUGUAUGUAAGUAUGUAGCAAUUUUGCUCCGAUUUAUAAUGAUUGUACAUUUUCUAAAAGGAAAUCUGGAGUGGUACUUUAAGGGGAUCUUUUUUUGAUUUUCCCAAAAGUUUUCUCAGAAAAUGGGAAAAUAGGUACUAUAUUAAAUAAAUAUUAUUAAAGAAAAUGUUUAAUGCAUAUGUAAUUAUUUUACCAUAAUAUGAUGUAUAUUGUUGACAAAGCACUAUUAUCAACCAAACUUCAAUAAAAUGUAUAAUAAUUAAAUAAUUGCAUUUUAAAUUAUACUAAUUUGACUAGUAGUCAGGAGCAGAGUAGCCUGCCGAACAACCGGGCAAAUGCUUAGUGGUCUGGCUUAUAAGUGGCUAGAAGUGUUCAAAAUUAAAAGUUAUUUUUUGUUAUUUAAAAAUAAAUGUUUGAUACUUAAAUUAUUUUUAAAAGAUACUCAGAUAUCGAUUUGUAAUUAUUUAUUGUGGAAUCAUAAUAAAUGUAUACUAUAUUGCCCAAUAUACCUAUCUAAAUUUUUAUAGAAUUGCACAGAAAGAAUUCCUAUAGUUACUGGUAAAUAUUUGUAAUAUCUUAUUCUAUUGUUAUACAUUUUUUUAAUUUUUAAAGGCAUUCAUCAAUCAAUUAAAAGACUAGAUAUUUACUAUUUUGUAAUAUUAUUAUUUUAGUUAGGUUUGUGGUUUUAGUUUCAAAAUAUAAUUAUGUUUGUUUUGGGUUUUUAUUAACUUUAUAGUAUCAAAAUUGGCGAAAAACAAAGGAAAACCCAAGCAACACAUGAGCUGCGGUACAGUAGGCAUUUUUAGAUAUGAAGCAUAAAGCUUUUAUUGUUUUUCUAUGAUGUGUGUAUUUUUUUAGAUUUAUAUUUAUUUUGUUUUUCUAUCUAAAAAUCACAUUUCUGUCAGAAAUCAUACUCCAUUCAUCAAUUCUAAGAGUAGUUUUGAUAACCAAUUUUAUCUAGUUGGUGUAUUGGGGAAAUGUUAAAUUUGUUUAUAAUUUUUUACACAUUUGUGUUUAAGAAGUUUUAAAUUAUCUAUUGUUAAAACUUAAUGAAAUAGUAUUUAUUUUUAAUUUUAUGUUUAAAAUUGUCUAAUGUAGAUUAAAACUUAAAACAAUGGAAAAUAGUUACAUCAUUGAUAAUGGCGCACCUAAGGGGCAGAGGCUACAAAAGAAUGACCCAUUCCACAGUCCAUUGACUAUGUUUAAUACAAAAAAAAAAUAGCAUAAACUAUUCAGCAUUAACAAAUUAUGCAUACAUAAAAUCAAGUUUGAUUUAUGUUUUCUUUUAAUAUAAAUGUACAAUUUUAUUCCAAUCUGAACGAAACUUUUGACACUUCAUAUUUAAAACAAUAGAACAAUCACAGUCUACUUUUUAUCUAGAAAUUCAACCCUUAAAGAAUGGCUGACAAUAAAGUUAUUACAUGUAUUGUGUGUUUUCCCUUGAAAACAAAAAUAUGUAUGGUGUAUAUUUGAUACUAUGGAAGGGAUAUUAAUGAUGUUAAUUGGGUAAUAAAAGUUUCUACAAAUGUAUGGUCCAAAAAUGUGUUUAUACAUAAAAAAAAGAUUAUAAAUAAGCAUACAACUUUUAAUAUAAUAUCAAAAAAUGGUAAACGUUGAAAUGGCCUGGACAUAUUAUAGAUUUGCCCGGUAAGAAUUUCUGUCACUUAGCCCCUGCUAGUAAUUAUCAUUAGAAAAAUGAACAUUUUAUUAUUAUAAUUUAUAUUUAUAUUACUUAUUUUAAAUAUUAUGCAAUUUAGAAAUCCAAUCAUAAACACUAUAACACAGGAGAAUCAUAUGAAAAAAUGUCAUUUUAUACAACACUAAUGGCAUCUUUGGGAUUUUAUUUUUUAAUUUUGAUUGGAUUGGUAAACCAUUUAAUUUUUACUCCCAAAGUAGCUACUGAAAAAAAUCGAAAGGUAAAAUGUAGUUUUAUACAUUUAUAAUAUUAAAUAUCAAGUGUAAAUCAUUUAAAAUAAUAUGUUCUAGGGAUAUCCACCUUUGUACAAUACAUUUGAUAACAUUUUUUUGAGGUAUGUAUUUCGCCGAGUAAAGGAUUGUUUAAAUAGAGUAGUUUGUGGUGUACCAGGUUCAAAAAUUGAAAUUCGUGAUAGAGUAACUCGUGAUGGUUGUUGGUCAUUUGAGUAAGAAUACUAUUUAUCACUGUUAUUCAAACAAACAAAUUUUAACUUUAAAAUAAUGCAAAUUAAAAAUAUUUCAGGCUUCUGGACACAAAAUCUACUUUUUUAAAUUUAGGUUCAUACAAUUAUUUAGGAUUUGCUCAAAACAAUGGCCCAUGUGCUGAAGAUACUAUAAAAAUAAUAAAGAACUACGGUUGGUCAAUUUCUAGUUCACGUCAAGAACUAGGGACCAAUCAUCUACAUGUGAAACUUGAACAACUAACAGCUGAAUUCUUAGGUGUUGAUGAUGCUAUAGUAUUUGGAAUGGGAUUUGCCACUAAUGUUCUUAAUUUGCCUGCCAUUAUGAAUUCAGAGUGCUUAGUACUUAGCGACGAAUAUAAUCACGCAUCUGUAAUUGCAGGAAUACGGCUAUCAAAAGCUACAUCUAUAGUAUUCAAUCAUAAUGGUAUUGUCAAUAAGUUUAAAUAUAAAAAAUAGUUUAUAUACUAAAUUUAUGUUUUGGUUUUUACUCAAAGUUAGUGAAUUACUGAUGAAAAAUUUAAAUUAUUAGAUAAUUAUUAGUAAAAUUUGAAAAACUAAUUUUAUUUUACUAAAAUAAUCUUUCUUAUAAAUCUACUAAACAAUAUUUCAUAAAUUAUGAUAAUGUCUUACUUAUGUUAAUUUACAGAUGUAAUACAUUUAGAAGAACUCAUACGUCAAAAUAUUAUUUUGGGUCAGCCAGUAACAAAAAAACCUUGGAAAAAAAUAUUUAUAGUUACUGAAGGCAUUUUUAGUAUGGAAGGAUCAAUUGUAAAACUUCCUGAUAUAAUUGCCAUAAAAAAAAAAUACAAAGUAUUUCAUAUUUUGUUAAUAUUAUUAUUAUUAUAAUUAUUCUAUUUGUUAUAAAUAAAAAUAAAUUUACAGGUGUAUUUAUAUGUUGAUGAGGCUCAUAGUAUAGGUGCCUUGGGACCAAAUGGAAGAGGUGUAUUAGACUAUUAUAACUGCAGUCCAAAAGAUAUUGAUAUAUUUAUGGGAACAUAUACUAAAUCAUUUGGUUCAGCUGGAGGAUAUAUAGCUGGCAAAAAAGUAUGUGCAUAAUAUUAUUUUAGUAUACAAUUUUUUUUUUACUAAUAUUAAAACACUUAAAAUAUUUGUAUAAACAAUUAAAAUAAGAAAAUGUUAACAAAAGGUACGGGCAGAAAGACAGGAUAAAGGCAGGCACCCAUUAGUAGAACCUCUAAGUAUAAAAUAUAUGAAUGAAUAAUGUUAUUAUAUAUUAAAAUAGAUAAAAUAUUAUGUAUUUUUUUUUUUUUUUAUUUAAAUUACCUAUUUUGGCUAUAUUAUAUUUUUAUAAUCAACACUGUUCAUUAAAAUAUUUUUCAAGGUGGACUAAUACUAAAAUUAUUUUAUUACAAAAUGUAAUUUUUGUAUACAGAUUUAAAAAUGUUCAUUACUAACUUUAAAUAAUAAUUAAAAAAAUAAAUCUAAUUGGUGACCAUCACAAAUUAUUUAAACUAAUUUAUGUUACAUUUUAUUUCUUAAUACCUAAUCUAAAUUUAUAAAAUACUAUUUAAAUAUUUAUUUUAUAAUCAAAAGGAUUACAAAAUUAAUUAUAAUAACCAUCUUCUGGGGUUUUCGAAUACUACUAAUUUAGCAUUGAAUGAUAAUUAAGAUUUUUAUGUUAAUAUUUCCACAUUAAUAUAUAUUUAUAUUUUUAUAUUCAAAUAUUUCCUAUUUAAGGAUCUAAUUGAUUAUUUAAGAGCAAACAGCCAUGCUUCAUGUUAUGCCAUGUCUAUGGCACCUCCUGUAGCUCAAACUAUCAUAACAUCAAUGUCAACAAUGAUGGGAAAAGACCAUAGUGAAGAAGGAAGGAAAAAAAUUAAUCAGCUUGCUAAUAAUGUCAGAUAUUUCAGAAGGAAACUUAAAGCUUUAGGAUGUGUAGUAUAUGGGAAUGAUGAUUCCCCUGUUAUUCCCAUGUUAGUUUACUUUAUAUCCAAAGUUGGGUAUGUAUAACUUUAUAGUUUGUGAUAAAAUAUCAAUGUGUAAGAUUUAUUCAUAACAAUUGUAUGGUUUAUUAUUUUAGUGCUACAGUCCGAGAAUUCAAUAAACAUAAUAUAGCUACUGUUGGUGUUGGUUUUCCAGCUACGCCAUUAAAUCAGGGUAGAAUUCGUUUUUGUAUGUCAGCUGCUUUAUCCAAGGAAGAGCUCGAUGAAGUAAUUAUGAUGUUUAAAAUAUAUAAUUACAAAAAUAUAGCAAAGGUUAUUCAUAAACUUUAUCCAUUUUGCAAAAUUAACAAUUAAAAUUUAUCUUGCAUAAUAUGUUUCUGAAUUUCAGACUUUAAAAAACCAUAUACUAUUAUUUUUUAUUCACCUGUUCUACCUACUUUUAUAUUAUUUGAUUUUUAAUUUACCAUAUAUUCUUACAAAUGUUAUCAAUGUUAUACAUUUAAUCAAAAAGCACAGAUAUAUGUAUGGUAUUAUUUUGAUUGUAUGGUAAAACAAAAAUAAAAUAUAAAUGUAUUUAUCUAAAUUAAACAAUAUGUAUUCAUAUUAUGAAACAAGUUAUAUAAAUUUGUCCAUAAAAAUUACAUUUCAAUAAAAAUAAAUAUAUCAAUGAUUGUAACAUAAUAUAUCUAUUAUAUUUCACCUUCUUCUGGCCUUAAGUACUUCAAGAAUUUUUACCACCAUCACGAUCUCCGUCCACUUUACUCUGUUCUGAACUAAUGUCUUCCAUUCUUGUGAAUUCCUAAUUUAUUAAUCUAUUUUAUCCAGCUAUCUCUUUCUAGGCUUCCCAUGACACUUCUUUACCGUAGUUUUCUAUUCCAACAUGGCUCCAAGCAUCUUUUUCUAAUUUUUUGUGCAUGGUAUGACCAUGCUAUUACAUUUAUUGUUCCCUUAUAAAACUGAUGAUUGGUACUAAUCCUUUUGUGUUAAUUUUUAGUAUUAUUUUAUUUGGUUGGUUAUUCCAAAGUUUAUGUUACUCUUUUGGUGUCGAUUAACAAAUAAUUCAAAAAAGUUUAAAUUUUCAGUAAAAUCAAGCAUCUGAAUUCUCGUAUUUUCUAUUGUUAAACCUUUGGGUUCCUUUUAAAAUUCCCAAAUUAUAUGUAUAUAAAUAAUAAUAAUCAUAUAUUUAUCUACAGGUUCUUGAAGCUACUGAAAAAAUUGUAAAUAAAGUUGGAUUAUCUUAUUCAAGAAAACCUAUCUGUAAUGAAGAAAUACUUUAUGAAGAUGUAUAUGCAGUUUAAAUUAGUUUUAACACUAUUAUUUAUUUUGAUGUUUUUGUUAUAAUAAAGUUAACUAUUUAUUAUUGCUUACAAACUUUAUAACUUUAUAUUAUUAGAUUCUGAGUGGAGCAAGGAAUGUAUUAGUUUAACAAUGAAGUUUAUUUAUUUAUUAUUAUUAUUUCUUUUUUUUGUGGACAACUUCUCUACCAGUUAUUUUAUUACAAUUAUUUACAAUGAUAGCACUCUUUUUAAAGAGAAAUCUAACUGAAAUAGUUCCCUUCAGGAGGUAAUUUUUUCAAUUUCCCCAAGAGUUUUCCUAAUAGCUGGGAAAAUAGACAAUAUUUUGUAAUAUUUUCUUUUGUAUGUUUUUGUAAUUAUAUUAUUUAUUAUUUAUAAAUUAUGUUUUUUUUUUUUAAAUUUUUUCUUCUUACAUUUUUUUUUUUUUUUUUUUGUCACCUAAAUUAUUUUUUUACUAUUUUGUAAUCUUGUUUGUUUUCAAGUAUUAUUAUUAUUUUUCAUACUCUUAUAUACUUUUACUGUCAAUCAUUUAAAUAGAUUUAAGUCCACAAUUGUAAUAACAAUAAAAAUUGUUAUUGAGUUCACCCCGUUUAAAUUAAUAAAAAAAUUUUACGUUAUGUACCCUAAUUGGGCAUUAGCCCGUAAAUAUAUAUAUUUGUAUAAAAAAAAAUAAACAAAUAUUAAUGAAAAUACAUAAUGCAUAUGUAAUUAUUUUACCACAGUAUGAUAUUUUUGACAAAGCAACACUAUCAACUGAACUCCACUCAGAAUCAUUUUUUCAUUAGCAAUGGUUAAUAUUUGCGUACAUAUAUACAUUAAAUUUUCCUUGUACUACUUUCCCAACUUCUCAUCUAUAAUAGUGGUCCACCCACAUACAAAGUAUGGCCAUUCUUUUAAUAUUAUUUAAAUGAAUUAAAUUGGUUAACUUUUUAUUACAUAAAAUUAUUGAUUUUAAGAUGUAUUAUGGAUUAUAUAGAAUUUCCAAAUUACACAGUUUAACACUUAAUAGUUAAAUUAAUUCAUUUGAGUUUAGAAUGUUUAAAUGUCUUCAUAUGAAGACAUAUAAAGAUUUAGCGGACCUGGUGCUUCGAUCACCUUAUAGAGUUGAAAGUUUUAAGUACCACAUAAGAUCUUUUGUGCAACAGAACGGUAGAUAUAGAUGUGAAACAUAGAAUUAAGUCUCAUUCGCUUUCAUCUCAAAUAUCUAGGGUCAGCCACCCUUGUUCUAAACUAACACUUGAUUUGAUCCAACCUCACAUACUCAUUAUGCUAUACUCAUUCUAAUUGCAUCCAACCACCUCUUUUUCAGUUUUCCCUUCUACCACUUUCCAACUAUAUUUAUUUUUAUUACAAUUCUUAAUACUACUUUGGAUUCCUCUCUCCUUGUGACAUACCCAAACUAUCUGUCUAUAUUUUCUCAUCUUGUCUACUUUUGAAGGCACGCCUAAGCCACACCUUAUGUAGACACUUAUUCCUUAUCCUAACUUCUCUUGUCACUCCAGUGACUCCACACAUCCAUCAAAGCAUUCUCAUCUCUGCUAAAUUCAUCCUCUGUUCUAUUUGUCUGUCUACCACCUAACACUCCAAAUCAUACAAUAUAAUCGGCCAUAUCAACUUAACUCUAAGUCUUAUGGGAAUUAUUUUGUCACACACAACAACAGACACUUCUCCACUUAAUCCUAUGUUUUAUAUUCUCUGAAAAAGCCAUUGUUCUUUUGUACAAAAAUCAAAGGUACUUAAAACUCUAAAUCUCACCUAUAUCCGUUUACUAUUUGUAGCUGUCUUGUACUAUUCCUUUAAACUCGUAGGUACUGUGUUUUACUGCUUACUUAUCCUUAGUCCCUGUCAUCCAGUACUACUCUAAACCCUAUUAAUUUCAAACCAACGUAAAAAAAUUAAUAAUUCAAGGUAUAUUGUGACUAUAGGUUUGUUUUUUUUUUUAUCUACUUGAUAUUAAAAUUGUGUUAGUAAAAAAGAACGGAUAAACGUCGCACAACAGGUGGGCCACUAUUGUAGGUGAGAAGUUAGGAGGGUAGGAUAUAGAAAGAACUUAUGUAGGUAUAUCUGUAUGCAACAAUUAAUCAUUGCUAAUGAAUAACGAUUCUGAGCGGAAUUUGG